CCAGGACAUAAACGUUAAGGCAUGGAAUCUGUGCGCAAAGCCAACACACGACUCCGUAGCUAUCCAAUAUUGCUAACAAAGUGUGCCGAGCAAGCAUCCGUAUAUGCUGCUUGUGUAUCACGGGAUAUCAACGUGCAGCAUAAUAUAUGCGAGGUCGAGUUUAAGCAAUUUUUAAACUGUAUACGUAAAAGUGCCGCCGAAUUAAAGACAAAAUUAUAAACAAAUUCAA